CAUAGAUUCUAUGGGGGUUUAUUACUAAAUAUUUUUUCCUGUUUAUGCCAUCAAACAGAUCAGGUAUUUCUUUACAUCCUUUACAUCCUUUGUGGCUGUUGUGCUUUCAAAUGUUGAACUGGUUAAACAUUAACUUCAAGAACUUUCUAGUACUCCUGCAAAUCAAUAUGCCUAAAUUUCAGUGAUCCUGCCUAGGAAGACACUGUGACAUUUUGAUGAGGAAUGACACUGCACUGAGUCAUCUGCGCUGAUGAAACAAAGCCAUGUGGGGAUUUCAUCAGGGACCCACCUGAAGAUCUGUUCUAAUCUUGGAGAUGCAAGCAAAAACCGUGUGAAUUUGUCCUGCAUUUAUCAUUUCUUAUGAUAUUCAUCAACUCUCAGCACUUAGGCAAAAUCAAAUAAUCUGAUGGCGACUGCCUGGGCAGCCUUAGUUCAGGAGGGUAAAGCAGAGCCAGAGCUUAGCUGUGGUUUGUUCCUUGCUGUGUGUUCAGGUGCAAGGUUUCCAUGCUGGCACGUGCUCCGGCUUUGCUCUGCUCUGGAACCCUGCCGUGCUCCCGUCUGCUGUGCUCCUGCAAGGCCACGGCUGGGUGCCCUGCUGCCUGAGCCUGCUGUCCCUGUCAGGGUGACGGCCUCACCCCCUGAGCACGCGUGGAGAGGGAGGCAGCCGUGUUGGCCAGCUCCUUCAGGUGGCAGGUGCCCCGAGGGAGCUCUUGCCAGCUGGCGUGGGCUGGCACUGCCAACACCUGGGGAAAGUGGGGCAUUGCUGGCUCCCCACUGCCUUCCUGGCUCAGCCCUGGCAGAGCAGCUGCCUCAGUGUGUUAUUUCAGGCUCUGGCAUGGAUUGGAGGCUCAUCCUGUUUCUCCAGACAGGUUAAUAUGACAUUUGCCCAAUACCAUUUGGUUCUCCUGACGUUUAUGAUGCUCCCUCUUUGUUCAUGUUGGCUUUCGCUGUUAACCAAGCUCUUGGGAGCUUUUGAAUGGCAGCAAAGACAGUGGGUACAACCUGGUUUUGUCUUCCUGUGCCACUGACAGCACUCAGGGGGUGGCCUGAAGUAGGAAAAGAUGUCCAGGAGUUUGUCUGCUCUGUGCUUUAACCCAUCACCUGAGUGUCACUCACAGGAGAUGUGCUGUGACUGCAUCACUCAAAGGACAAAAUCAGAUGUUUGCCCUGGAGCUGUCAGGUUUUCAUAGGGGCUGGAGGAGCAGAAGAGCCUCCCCAAAAAGAGUCCGUGAAGGGGCUCAUACCUGUGCUUUCAAGUGAGUGGAGCCUGGGAGCAGCUCCUGCUGUAAGAACAGCAUCCCCAACACCUGCGGGAUUGAGAGAAUGUCUUUUUAAGAAUAACACUUGUUUUGGUGGGAGGGGCUUUGUCUCCUGCCCCGCUGUAUGUGCGUGCUGCUCCUCCUGCCUGCAGCAGCCUGGAAAUCUGCUACAAUCAUUUGCAUAUUGGGUUAUUAAAGGAGCUCGGAGCUGCCUCAGUCAGCUCUGAACGCCAGGGAUGGGGGAGAGGGUUGGCUCUGAGCAGCACCAUCUCCCCUCACACACCACCUGGCACUCUGGGGGAGGGAUGCAGUGCUAUUUUAGGGGAAUCCCUUCUGUGCUCUCCUUGUGUGGGUUCCCUUCUCUGAUGGCACUUGUAUACGCAGGGAAGGGAUGGGGGCUGGAGAUGCACAUCCCUGCAUGUGUGUUUGGGGGAGAGCACAGAAAUAUCAGGAGUUAUUAGUGUAUGAUGCUCAGCUAUUACACUCUGAGUCAGUGCUCCAGGGGAUGUCUGCUUCCUCUGCCAGCACAGAGAAUAAAAAGGUUGUGCUGCUUUAAAUAGUGUCAGGCUACGUGCUCCCAUCUUCCUUGGGACAGUGCUCAUUCUCCUGAUGUUGAGAGGUGAAACUAACCUCCUUUAUCUCCAUGAUGUGCUCAUCUAUUGUGCUUUAUCUUCAUGUGUGUUCAUCUAUUUCAGGAGGUCUCUCACUGACCCAGCAGAGAGAGUUCACAGUUGUAUUUAGGACCCGUGUAAGGACUUCAGAGCUGCACCUUAAGUGUGUGUGUGUGUGUGCUGUGAUUCUGCACCGUGUGGGAGGCUGCACAGCCAGGAUUCAACAGGCCCUGCUUCCACACACUGCUGUGGGGCUGGCAGAGGUGCUUAACCUCACUCCUGGAAAUCUCCAGGUGCAUGGGAAUUGACACAGUUUAUUAAUAACACACAGCAGCCAAGCUCAUUAACCAGCUGGAGACAUUGCAGCAGUGAUGGCAAAAUCAGGCAGCACGGAGGUUUUAUUGGCAGUAGCUUCUUUCCAAAAGCAAAUUCCUUGGCCCAGGUGCCAGCACAGUUCCAGUGGAAAAAGACCAUACUGAAGAAAUGGUAACCCAGUGCAUUGUGGAGGUUCUGUCCAACGCUCUCUCUAAGCCAAAUGCACCCCCCAUUAAUCCUGAAUGCAAAGAAAUCCUGAAGAAGGGUGAUAAAAAUGACAGAGAGAGAAGUGAAAACGAACAGCCUGAAGUGAGGCAUCCCAAAGACCCAGCAGAAACUGGAAAACAUCCUACUGGGAGCGUGGAGAAAGAACAAAGGCAGGCAGAAGAGGAAUCUAAAAAGUACAUGGAAGGAGGUGAUGAGGAGAAACUUGCUCAUGAGGAAGGUGAAAGCAAGGAGGAGGAGGCUGGACACCACACUCCUGCUCAGGAUGAGACACUUCACACGGAAGAAAAAAAGCACUACCAGGAAACUGGGAGAGAGGAGGAGAGGAGUUACCACAGUGAAGAGGAAAGCAAAGAGGGCAAGUGUUGUGAGAAUGUAGAGGCUGCUGUUCUCACCAAGAAGUCCCACUCUGAGAGCAUGAGCAUGGAUGAGUUCCGUGGUGGGAAUGAUCAGAGCCCCAGGGGCCGCUGGCACCUGGAGGAGGGAAUGCAGAGCCCUUCCAAACAAAUUCGGGAAGAUGAAGAGGGAGAGGAAGAAAGGAGUGAGAAAUACCACCGUGAGUCUCAGGAACGUGGUUUUUCCCACCAGCAGGAGCGUGAAGAAUCUGAGGAGAGUGAAGAAAGAGAGGAGGGAAAGGAGCCCUUCAAAGGCAAAGGUUACCAUGGGAAGCACAGGCAGGGUGACUCCUAUGAAGAGAAGAGGGGCCAUGGUGGUGAGAGGGGGGAGCCAGCAGGGGGAUCACACCCAGGGGAGGCCAAUCUCUGGGAGCAGUGGAAGCACCGACAGAAACAUCAGGAAGAGUCUGAGGAGAAGGGUGGCUCUCCUGGGAGGCGUGGACCCGAGGAGCUGCAGGAGGAGAGGCCUGCAGAGCAGGGCAGCGAGGAGCACAGGGACAGCUGGCAGCAGAGCCAGGAGAGCAGGGAAGAGGAAAACAAGAGGCACCACCACAGCGAGGAGAGCACUGAGAAGUGGCGCGAGGAGAGGAGGCAGCACGAUGGAUCCCACCGUCCUGGGGGGAGGAUGUACCUUGCUGAUGGAAACGAGGAGGAGCUGGCCAGGUACGUCAGCGAGGAGAAGCAGCGCCGUGUGGGAGGGAGAGCCCGCUUAGGGAACAGGCAGCAGGAGGGCUCCCAGAAGGCUCGAGAGCACAAGGGGCAGGCCAGCAGGCACUACAGCACUGAGGACAGCCUGGAGGAGGAGGAGGAGGUGGAAAAGAAACAUCACAGCAGUGACCAGGUGGAAAAUGAAGAGGAGGAAAGGUUUGCAGAGAGAGGAGAGUACAGAGGCCAUCUCCCCGCCGAGAAAGAGAAGAGAACUGCAGCAUCCUACAGGCCUUUCUACCCACUGCUGUGGUGGAAAAGCCGGCACUUGGACAAAAGGGAUGGUGCAGGGGAGCAGCUUCUGGAGGGCAGGGAGGAAGGCAGGCCUGCCCUGAGUGAGAAGAGCCUUUUCCCUGAAUACAAUGACUAUGAGUGGUGGUCAGAAAAGCAGAUCCAGAAUGCUCUGAAGCACAGGCGCAGCGAGAAGAGGAAUGCUGGCAAAACGAACAGAUACGAUGUGGAAAGGCAGUACAAGAAGAUGGAUCAACUUGCACAACUUCUGAACUACAGGAAGAAGUCAGCUGAACUGCCAGGGCUGUACAGCUCUGGAGAAGACCUGAAGAAGCGUCACGUGGCUGGGAAUGACAGAAGGAGCCUAAGCCAGAGGCCCCUGACAGAAGAGGAGGAAAAGCAGCUGGAAAACUUGGCCACCAUGGAUCUGGAGCUGCAGAACAUAGCAGAGAAGAUCAACAGCCUCAGGAGAGGCUGAAGGUGUCCCGUGUUCUGUGGUAAAGUCACUGCCACUGGAUUGUUGUUUGCCCUAAACCCAGGAAAUUCUAUUCACUGUCCACUCUUGUGUAGUGAUUUACACAGCUGAAAGUGUCUUUAAUUUGCUGUUAUGCUCCUGAGACCUUAAUUGGCAUGAAUUUUAGUAACAUAACCUUUCAUGUGGGCAGGUAUUUUUAAUAUGCUUUUGGAGAUAAUUGUGUUAGUGUUCUUCAGGAAUAUAUUUGUCUGAGUUUGCAAUAAUAAAAACCAUUGAUCUUGGACCAAA